AUGCCGGAAGAUGUUCGGUAUUCGGUAAAAUCCGCAGCAGCCGUGCCAAAAAUCGGUUGCUCGGAAUCUGUGUCGGAAGAUGUCGGAAAAGAUCCGAUUCGACAUUUUCCGACUGAUGAAUCUGAUUUUGCUGGAUUGAUUCUUCUCUCUGUUUAUUUGAGAGAGUGGAAGGCACCACUAGCUAGGACGUGUACAACACGUCCGUUGAAAAAUAAAGUGCACACCACAGGAUCGGUCAGUUUUCGAUCACCGGAAAUUAACGAAUUCGACUAG